AAGAGUAGCUCAGAAGCUCUUCGCUCUCACUCUCUCUCUCUCUCUCUCUCUCUCUCUCUCUCUCUGCUCUUCGAACCGAAUCCCUACACGCAUUGGAGAGCACUUGGGAUUAAUCUCAUUUUAGGUUGCUACCAAUCUCAGUUUUGGGGGGAGGAAAGGUUCAAGAAGAAGGAUUUGGAAAAUGGGGCGUCAUCUGCGUUCUUGUCUAAUUCUCAUUAUCUUGUCGUGCUUCGCUGCUGUAAAGGCGGAGUAUAUGAGAUACAAAGAUCCUCGUCAGCCCAUCAAUGCUCGCAUUGAUGAUUUGAUGAAGAGGAUGACUCUUUCUGAAAAGAUUGGCCAAAUGACGCAGAUCGAGCGGCAAGUUGCGUCUGCUGACGUCAUGAAAAAUUACUUCAUAGGCAGUGUAUUGAGUGGUGGUGGAAGCGUGCCUGCUCCUCAGGCAAGUGCUUCAGAUUGGGUGAAUAUGGUGAAUGAAUUCCAGAAGGGGGCUCUAUCGACGCGCCUCGGAAUUCCGAUGAUAUAUGGAAUAGAUGCGGUUCACGGUCACAAUAAUGUUUAUAACGCAACAAUAUUCCCUCACAACAUCGGGCUUGGAGCUACCAGGGAUCCUGACCUCGUGAAGAGAAUUGGUGAAGCAACGGCUCUUGAAGUUAGGGCAACAGGCAUUCAAUACACUUUUGCUCCAUGUAUCGCGGUCUGCAGAGAUCCAAGAUGGGGCCGCUGCUAUGAAAGCUACAGUGAAGACCACAAUGUUGUCCAGAACAUGACAAAUAUUAUUCUUGGGCUACAGGGAGAUGUCCCUGCAAACUAUACCAAGGGUAUUCCUUAUGUUGCUGGAAAGAAUAAAGUCGCAGCCUGUGCAAAGCACUAUGUUGGUGAUGGUGGUACACAUGACGGGAUCAAUGAGAACAAUACUAUUAUUGAUCAACAUGGGCUUCUGAGCAUUCACAUGCCAGCUUAUUACAACUCUAUUAUCAAGGGUGUUUCUACUAUCAUGGUCUCGUACUCAAGCUGGAAUGGGGUGAAAAUGCACGCCAAUUAUGAGAUGGUCACUAACUAUCUCAAGAACAAAUUACACUUCAGGGGUUUUGUGAUAUCUGACUGGCAAGGGAUUGACAGGAUCACGAGUCCGCCAGGUGCAAACUAUACUUACUCUGUGCAGGCUGGAAUUAAUGCUGGGAUUGAUAUGAUAAUGGUUCCUUACAAUUACACCGAAUACAUCAAUAAUCUGACCUCUCUUGUCAACAAGAAUAUAGUUUCGAUGGACAGAAUUGAUGAUGCUGUACGAAGAAUUCUGCGGGUCAAGUUUACGAUGGGCCUCUUUGAGAAUCCUUUGGCUGAUCUUAGCUUCUCUGAUCAACUCGGAAAGAAGGAGCACAGAGAACUGGCGAGGGAAGCUGUGAGGAAAUCUCUUGUAUUACUGAAAAACGGAAAAUCUGCUAAUGAGACCAUUCUGCCCCUCCCUAAAAAAGCUAAGAACAUCCUUGUUGCCGGAUCACAUGCGGAUAACUUGGGUUAUCAGUGUGGUGGGUGGACUAUUCAAUGGCAGGGAGAGAGUGGAAACAUUACUGUUGGAACUACAAUCCUCGAAGCCAUCAAAUCAACUGUUGACCCUUCGACCAAUGUCGUCUACUCCGAAAAUCCUGGCUCCGACUUUCUCAAGCAUAAUGACUUCUCUUAUGCCAUCAUUGUCGUUGGCGAACCUCCCUACGCCGAGACGGCCGGUGACAGCCUCAACCUCACGCUUCCUGAUCCUGGCCCGAGCACAAUCCAGAACAUCUGUGCAGCCAUGAAGUGUGUGGUGAUCAUCAUCUCAGGCCGUCCGGUCGUGAUCGAGCCCUACCUACCACUAAUGGAUGCCAUAGUUGCUGCUUGGCUCCCCGGAACGGAAGGCCAGGGCGUCACUGAUUGCCUUUUUGGGGAUUAUGGAUUCAGUGGAAGGCUUUCUCGCACUUGGUUCAAGUCGGUGGAUCAAUUGCCUAUGAAUGUGGGAGACAAUCACUAUGAUCCUUUGUUUCCAUUUGAUUUUGGAUUGACGACAAUUCCAGGGACCGCAAGGUACUCUACUGCUCAUGCUCUCCGGAGAGAGGAUUUUAGAAUGGCUUCUCUUGUUUUCAGCUUGUUGGUGACCUUGAUGUUUGUUCAGCUCCAGUAGUUUUAGUUCGGAUGCUGUUCUGAGAAGUAACUUUGUAGUUAAUUUUAAAUUUUCCAAUUCAAACAUUCAUUAUGAUUUCAUUGCUGAGAUGAUCGAUACUCUUGAGGAUAUUUUUGCAUUCCUAUUGAGGAAUUGGAAGAAUUUUGUUUUAUUUUUGUCUUCUUCCAACAUUAUUCAUUGUAAACAAAGAAUAGGUGCACAAUUUGAACUAUUUAUGUA